AUGCUCCUAGUAGCUACUAGCUCGAUCGUUCGCCUCAGCGAACGGCGGGCUGUCCAGAGUGCCAUGCGCAUGCUGUUCGACUCUCCGCGUUCCCACUCAAGGUCUGGCUCGCAGACUCGUGCCCCGGUGGGGCACCGCACCCUUGAUCGUGGAGGCAUAUUCUCGGCUUGCACUACUCCGGUCAACCUGGAUGCCCUCCCGGCCAGAACCAGAUAUCUUCUGCUCGCGCCGACUAGGCUAGAGGGCUUCAUGCUCGAAACCAGAAAGUGGGCUCUUUUCGAUAUUGCCGACCUACAUCCCCACCGCGAAAAGCUUGAGGAUGCAGACCCGUUGCAUUCGAUAUACCUGGACAAGAUUUUGUUUGCGUCUCUCAACGAAGAAAGCGCAUGCGUGGCACCAAUAGCCGUGUCGACGACGCCCGACCGCGACCCGCAGGAAAGCUCGGCGAAGGUCAUGCCAAAGAACUUGCGCGGGAAUGCUCCGGAUGAGGCCCAUCCGUCCCUCGCCGCCGCACGUCCCGGGCUGUUUUCCGGUGGACGAUCCUGCACCCGUCUUCCUGGCUUCGUCAAACCGCCAACACUCGCGGGGCGGCACUCGGACGACGGGCAACUCUUAUAUCUGCUGCUCCGAGGGGCUGAGGCGCUUCUGGACGUUGCAGGCCCCUAUCAUCCGAUGGGACGGCGACCAGCAGACGCAUUCCAGGCAGCAUCUCUCGCCGGUGGGGAGGAACAGGAACGGCCCGAACUGGCGACAGCGUAA